AUGUCUCCCACACCACAAUGGGUCAAAGACCUGAAGCCCGCGUCUCCCCAAGGCACUGAACUCCUCGCAGCUGAACGAGAUAAAUCCAAGAUCUCCGUCGAGCAACUCUCCAACUUCCUCUUUACAAAGGAAGUUCUAGAGCGUCAGGAUCGUAUUCUGGAUAUUUUGCAAAAGGAGAAGGUGUUUGAUAAGAGUCAGAACUAUUUCGAUGGCAGGGUUGAUAAGUUCAAGACGGCGCUGGCAAGGGCGAAGAGGUUGAGGCAGUUGCAAGUUCAGCAUAAAUGGGAUCGGGAUGAUUAUAUAACGGCCAAUGAUUUGAUCAGUGAGCCUGGACCUUAUGGGUUGCAUGCAACCAUGUAUUUGACUACUCUGGAAGGUCAAGGAACGCCUGAACAGCACAAGAAGUUCUUGGAACCAGCUCAGAACUAUAGGCACAUCGGCUGCUAUGCUCAAACAGAACUUGGGCAUGGCUCGAAUGUGCGUGGCUUGGAGACAACUGCUACAUGGAAUCCCCAGGACAAGACAUUCAUACUCCAUUCGCCACAGCUCACGGCUUCAAAAUGGUGGAUUGGCAGCUUGGGCAGGACUGCCAAUCAUGCUGUCGUUAUGGCACAGCUCAUUAUUGACGGCAAGCCUUAUGGACCACACCCAUUUGUGUGUCAAAUUAGGGACAUGAAGACACACGAACCCCUUGAGGGAGUCCAUGUAGGAGAUAUUGGCCCAAAAUUUGGAUAUAAUACCAUGGAUAACGGGUUUCUUCUCCUGAACAAGCUCAAAAUUCCACACAUCAACAUGUUGGCUAAGUUUUCGAGAGUGGACCCCGAAACCAACAAAUACGUAAAGCCUUCUUCGCCUUCCCUUAUAUACGGUACUCUCACAUGGGUGCGUUCGACAAUUGUGCUGCAAUCUGGCGGUGUUCUUGCUCGUGGUGUUACUAUCGCUACCCGGUACGCUGCUGUGAGACGGCAAUUCCAGGACCGUGAUGCGCCGUCAGAUGCCAACGGCGAGAACCAAGUCUUGAACUAUACCAUGGUUCAGUUUAGAUUACUUCCCCUGCUCGCAGCCACUUUCGCUCUUCACUUCACUGGAAAGGCAAUGAUGGGUUUAUACGAGGAGAACCAAAAGACGAUAGCAAAUGCCGCCAAAGUCUCCAACUCUAGUAGAGGAGCAGGGCCCGAAGAGAUCAAUUCUGGAAGUGACUUAUUGGCGGACUUGCACGCUACAUCUUGCGGUCUCAAGGCUCUUGGGAGCACUACUGCGGCUGAGGGUUUGGAGGUCUGCCGCAGAGCUAUGGGCGGACAUGGAUACUCCAGUUUCAGUGGGGUAGGUUCAUGGUAUGCUGAUUAUCUACCCACGACUACAUGGGAAGGCGACAACUACAUGUUGACCCAACAAGUCGCUCGUUAUUUGCUAAAAUCUGCACGUGGAGUCUUGAAAGGAAACGCUCCAAACAACGAUACCACCAAGAUCUUCACAACUUUUUUGCAAAAGCAGGAUAUGGGCGCUGCUCAUGAUGUAUUAGGUUCAGACAGUGAUCUAGUGGCUGCCUUUGCUUGGCGCACAUCGUUCCUUACUUUCGAGGCCUUGAAGCACAGAGAUGUUGAGAAGAAUUCAUGGAAUUCCUUACUUGUGGAUUUCUGGCGUCUUAGCACAGCUCAUUCGCAGUAUCUAGUCGUCAAGAAUUUCUACGACGCCCUUCAAAGCGAGAGCCUGCGAUACGAGCUCGAUCCCGCAACUAUCGACGUCCUUCACAAACUGUUCCGUCUCUAUGCGCUGAACACGCUUGAAAAGGAGGCUUCUGAAUUCUAUUCCUCAGCUGCAGUCACAGUCCGACAGAUUCAGCUCGCUCGUACCAAAACUGUAAUGAAACUGCUAGAGGACAUCAGGCCGCAUGCGCUGAGGUUGGUGGAUGCAUGGCACUUUCCUGAUUGGCAGCUUGAUUCUUCUUUGGGUCGUAAGGAUGGGAAGGUUUACGAGGAUAUGUUUUACCGGGCUAGUGAGCUGAAUCCUCUUAAUGGGCUCACUAUUGACCCGUACCCUGACAGUGAUGUGUUGGUUAAGAGGGAUGAGACGGCGAAGUUCAAGAGUAAACUUUAA